AUGUGCAAACAAAAUCCCCUCUCUGUGCCUUUGGGAAUCCCAGAGAUAUCUCUCUCUGCGCCAGAUGUUUAUACAACGCUCAAGCCCUACAUUGUCGCUCUUGCUUGUGAAACGGGCUUUUACGUGCUUUCGAUAGUAACAUUCGCACUUUCGACCUACAUCCUAGCUUGUAAAGGCCUCAAAACAAGAGCAAUCCUAGUCAUGUGGCUAGCAACGUUCUUCAUGUUCACGGUCUCGACCUGCCAUCUGGUUUUGCAGUGGAUAGGUGACAUGGACAUGGUCCUGUCAGAGCUCUGGGAUUUGGACCCUCGUAAUUGCACAGCGUCAUAUUAUUCCACUGAGGAUGGCUUUUCAGAAGCAGAAACGGUCGCAUCCUAUACGGAUGUUUACUUAUCUAUCAUCAACUACGUAUUGAGCGAUGCAAUUGUAAUCUGGAGGGUAUGGAUCAUGUGGGGACGCAGCGCGAAAGUCCUGAUAGUGCUCGGGUCCCUUUCUUUUGGUUCCAUCCUGGCUACUGCCAUAUGGGUUCCCUUCGGAGGACUCGGAAGUAACAACAUCAUCAUCAUUUAUUCCUCAACACUGGCUAUCAAUGCUAUUGCAACUAUGCUUAUGGCGGUGAAGGCGUGGCAACAUCGUCGAUUGAUCAAAGCCCAACUCAGAAACGUAGAAUGGAAAUCCCAGGCCGGAUCUAUUCUCGUUUUGCUUGUCGAAUCCGGAGUUAUUUACUGUGCGAUAUGGAUCAUCUUCCUCGUGAGCUGGGUCUGUGCUUCCAUCACAUUCGACAUUACCACCCAAGCUAUAAAUGAAAUCCUCCCAGGGAUCGCGAUUCAAGUAUCUGGCAUUUAUCCGACCGCGAUUAUCUCCCUCACAGGGCUUCAGAGGACCACUUGGGACAUGACCAUUGGGAAAAAUAUAUCUCAGAACACACCUCACGCCGAAAUGCGCCUCGUGACAAGGAACACUCGUUCUGGCACGUCGACAAUUCAAAACGGCCACCAUCACCCGACACUAUCUGUCGACGAGAGACCCCAUAUAUCUGAGGUAGAAGCGAGGAGGGAAGAAGUGUAG